AUUAACCAGUUUUUCACUCUGAAACUUCCCUUUGAUUUUGCUCUUUGCAGCAUCUUGCGUUUGAGAAAAUCUAUGUGGUGGUCGAGAUGGUGACGAUUACUGCUUGGAUCACUGACCUUUUCGCCUGUAUGGGUGGUUGUUUUGGAUGCUGUAUGAAACCCACACCAAUUAUUGCUGUGGAUGAGCCGGCCAAGGGACUAAGAAUUCAGGGGCAGACAGUGAGAAAACCAAAUAUAUCAGAUGGUUUCUGGAGUUCAAGCACUUGUGAUCUGGAUAACAGCACCAUUCAAUCUCAGAGAAGUAUCUCAUCUGUCAGUACAUUAAAUCAACUUCUCAAUCAGAGCAGUGGAACUUCUACUGCAGGCACCAAUACUGAAUUUGUAAACCAAGGUCUUCUUCUCUGGAAUGAAAGCAGGCUUCAGUGGAUUGGAAGUGGCAAAUCUAGGAAGCAAAGCCAACAAAAACGAGAACCCAAACUAAAUUGUAAUGCUACUUAUGAAAGUUUGCUUGGGACUAGACAACCUUUCCCUAAGCCCUUACCUUUAUAUGAGAUGGUGGAAUUCCUUGUGGAUGUUUGGGAGCGUGAAGGGAUGUAUGGUUGAAACUUGAGAGGUUAAAUUGCUGAAACUGCCUUUAAGUUUGUUUAUAUUUCAAUGUUACAUUUUAACUCUUGAAAGGCUUUUAAUGUAUAGUUUGUGCAGAGAAGAUUAAAAGAUCAAACACAAGUUUGUUCUCCCAUUGUAAUUUCAAACGUUAAGGCAAUCCUUUUGUUUUUGCCCUCUUGUAAAUGACUGUAUACCAUUUUCAAACUAAAAUCUGAAUUGCUGAAUGCACUUGUUACCGUUACAUGUAAUUAUGCAUUUAUAU